UGUCAAGCCUCACUUCACCAACACAUUGAAAGAUACCACAAUCAGAGAUGGGGAGGGCUUGUCUCUAGAAUGUGAGAUUGAAGGCAACCCCAGGCCGCAGAUCUCGUGGAUUAGAGAUGGUAUCGAGAUAUUUGACAGUCAAGUAAGUCUCUGCCCUGAUUGACAACUGCUGUCAUUUUGAGAAAUGUCCAUUUAAAGAAUGCUCUUCAUUUUUAAGUCUCACUCUAUGCCGUACUUAGAAUUAGAAACUGCCAGACAUUAAAACUUGUAAAGACAACACAGUCAGUUUGUGUCUUUUAGUGUGCUCAAGCUUUAUCAAAGUCAAGCAAUAUCAAAGUCAAGUUUUAUCAAAGUCAAGUCUUAUCAAAGUCAAGCAAUAUCAAAGUCAAGUCUUGGCAAAGUCAAAUCUUGUCAAAGUCAAGUCUUAUCAAAGUCAAGAAGUAUCAAAGUCAAGCCCUAGUCUAUUUAGAAUAUUUUAAACAUGCAAUACGUAUUAAAUAAAAUUGAUUGUGCAAUGGAAAAAUGUAAACUUUUUUAACCUCUUACUUUAGCAUAACACACUCUAUUGACAAACAUUUCUUUCUAACAUUAUACAUUUAUUUAAAUUACUUUAUGUUCAAAUUAUUUUCAAUUACAGAUAGUUUUGUUUGUUUAAUAACAUAAUCUUGAUUACCUAACUUGAUAUCAAAGCUAUCAUUUCAUUAUGUAGACUCCUUCCAUGUGUGUUAGGGUUGUCAUGACAAGUACUCUCUCUCUGUGUUAUUCAGGACUUUCAAAUCUCCAUGAUUGGCUCCCACUGUAAGCUUCAAAUUAGUGAGAUCUACCCUGAAGAUGAAGGAAAGUACAGCUGCAAGGCAGUCAACAAUCUAGGGGAGGCUAUUUCAACGUGUUAUGUCUCAGUCGAA